GGAAACUUGGAUUUGUUUUGAACGGAAGCAAACUCGUGGUUUUGUGAAAUAUACGCGAAAAACACUUUUAUUGAAGCCACAAAUAACACAAACGUGUUUAAAAUACAGCAUUGGGGGCUCAACAAUCACCCCCGAAAGUAAAGGGCCACAAUGGAACGGGAGGAGGAGUUUGAGAUAUCGCGACGGGAUGCGAAACGGCUGGCGGAACCACUGAUGAAGGCCGCGUACGCGGAUGGCAUCGACACCGGGCGGCAAGUGCACUAUCAGCGCAACUUUGACGAGGGCUACCGGAAAGGGUUCGCUGCCGGAUUCGUGCACGGUCAGCAACAGGCACGCCGUGCACUGGACGAGCACCGGAAGGCGUCGGCUGAAGCUGAAUGAAGUGCCGUGUUUUGUGGCACGUUUUAAUCGAUUAAGAGGACAG